CCAGAUCAUCCACUCCAGCGGCUAUACCCACGUCAUACCAACCAGGCACGAACGAGCAGUGUCCCUGCACUCGGGACGCCAUGCCAUACUCUAGACUGCCCUCCAUCCACGCAUACCUGGAGCAUUACGACAACAAGACUUCCGUUUUCUGUCACCCGUUCUCCAUCCAGUUUGACAGCCAUGGCGCGCAAGCCUUGGUCCCCAUCAGCCUAUGUCCUCUUCCCCCUUGGGUUUCUGUCUGUUUCCUCUUGGGCGCUUCCGUCUUGGCAGAUCACUGCCAGAUCGGGAAAAGACCCCUGCCUGGCUAGACCCCAAGACCAGCCCGCCAGACACAUUAGCACUGAUCCUCCCGCUCAUGGGAGCCAAGCCGCUUCUACCCUGGUCACCUGACAACCGGGCGGGCGCCGCGCUGCGCCGCUGCGCCGAGCUACGCCGUCCUCAUCAAUCCGGACAACUAAGGCGGCCAAGGUCGUGGCAAGCCAGCAAAGCGGAGCAGCAAUUCCCCGUGCUGGGGCCGGCGGCCAAGACGUUGAGCGGGCGCCGGCCUGAGCGGGAUGACGAUGUCUGUAUCGUCAUGGGGUCCUUUUCUUUCUACACCAUGUUUUACAAUUUCCGCCCUCCUUUGUUUUUGCCAUUUAUGGCUCACAUGCUAUCAUUUGCAUUCACUCUUCAUUCUCGGUGUUUGAUUGAUUUCCAAAUUCGCAAUGCAGGCUUGGCGUUUUGGGUUUCGCAGCUGAGGGAGGAGUGUUUGACUCGACGCUGGACGGAGGGGAGGCGCACGCAAUCCGCUUGUGUGUCCCCCUUUCUGCGCUCCUCAAUAUCCGUGCGGUCGACCAUCCCUGGCGAGAUUGCUGCCACGGGUCGGCGUUAACCAUGGGGGUAGGGGGUUGAAUUUUCUUCCGCUUUUCAAUUCCAUCUCAACAGCCUUUCGGGGAGCAUUAGGCCGCAACAAACUUAGAAGAGGUUUUUUUUUUUUUUUUUUCUUUUUUAGUAGGCUUUUUUUAAGCCAACGAAAGAAAGAAAAUCGCAUACUGUCUUUGUGUUUCGCUUUCGUUCAUACAUCUCAUCAGAGCUUGUGCCCAACAUUGGUAUUCCGUGGAAAGUCAAUCGCGACUUGAGCAGUAACCCAUCAGUUGCCGAA